GGGCUGCAGGAGGGAAGAAGGAACAGAGUAUUUUUGCAUUUUGACGUUAAAAGUGCAGAUUCGAUUCCCAGCGGCAUCUGUUGGGUUCGGAGCUGGCGGCGCAGAGCCGAGCUGCUCGCGCAAAGAGGCCAGCGCUGCGGCGGGCUUGGGUCCCAGAGCCCGCGGCCGCCUCCGCGCAGGGCUGGGCCAGCCUCUCCAAGAGCUCCGCCCCAAAGGGGCGCUGCCAUCCGGAGGAGGCGGGCGCACGGCCGCUUCUCAUUCAUUGUCUUGACAGAGCAUCCUCAGCGGCCAGUCUCCGGCUCCUCCAGCUCCUUCCUCCUCCUCCUCUUCUUCCUCCUCCAUUUGGGGGGCCAAGCUCAUCUCCCUGCCGCAGGAUGAGUCGGCAGGUGGUCCGCUCCAGCAAGUUCCGCCACGUGUUUGGACAGCCAGCCAAAGCAGACCAAUGCUAUGAGGAUGUCCGCGUCUCACAGACCACCUGGGACAGUGGCUUCUGUGCUGUCAACCCCAAGUUUGUGGCCCUGAUCUGUGAGGCCAGUGGGGGAGGGGCCUUCCUGGUGCUGCCCCUGGGUAAGACUGGACGUGUGGACAAGAACGUGCCCACGGUCUGCGGCCACACAGCCCCUGUACUGGACAUCGCCUGGUGCCCACACAAUGACAACGUCAUUGCCAGUGGUUCUGAGGACUGCACGGUCAUGGUGUGGGAGAUCCCUGAUGGGGGCCUGACGCUGCCCUUGCGGGAGCCUGUCGUCACCCUGGAGGGCCACACCAAGCGUGUGGGCAUCGUGACCUGGCACCCCACAGCACAGAAUAUACUGCUCAGUGCAGGUUGUGACAACGUGAUCCUGGUGUGGGACGUGGGCACUGGGGCAGCUGUGCUGACGCUGGGCCCAGAUGUGCACCCGGACACAAUCUACAGCGUGGACUGGAGCCGCGAUGGUGCCCUCAUCUGCACCUCCUGCCGGGACAAGCGUGUGCGCAUCAUCGAGCCACGUAAAGGCACUGUCGUAGCCGAGAAGGACCGUCCCCAUGAGGGGACUCGGCCUGUACAUGCUGUGUUUGUAUCAGAAGGGAAGAUACUGACCACAGGCUUCAGCCGCAUGAGUGAGCGGCAGGUGGCGCUGUGGGACACAAAGCACCUGGAGGAGCCACUGUCCCUGCAGGAGCUGGACACAAGCAGUGGAGUCCUGCUGCCCUUCUUUGAUCCUGACACCAACAUUGUCUACCUCUGUGGCAAGGGUGACAGCUCCAUCCGCUACUUCGAGAUCACCUCCGAGGCCCCAUUCCUGCACUAUCUUUCUAUGUUCAGUUCCAAGGAAUCCCAGCGUGGCAUGGGCUACAUGCCCAAACGUGGCCUGGAGGUGAACAAGUGUGAGAUUGCCAGAUUCUACAAGUUGCACGAGCGAAAGUGUGAGCCCAUCGCCAUGACAGUGCCUAGAAAGUCGGACCUGUUCCAGGAGGAUCUGUACCCACCCACAGCAGGGCCUGACCCUGCCCUCACAGCUGAGGAGUGGCUGGGGGGUCAGGAUGCUGGGCCCCUCCUCAUUUCCCUCAAGGAUGGCUACGUACCCCCCAAAAGUCGGGAGCUGCGGGUCAACCGGGGCCUGGACAGCACACGCAGGAGGGCAGUGCCAGAGGCCGGUGGCACUCCCAGCUCGGAUGCUGUGUCCCGGCUGGAGGAGGAGAUAAGGAAGCUGCAGACCACAGUGCAGGAGCUGCAGAAGCGCUUGGACAGGCUGGAAGAGACAGUCCAGGCCAAGUAGAGGACAAGGGCCUUCAGCUGGGUCAGGUUGCUCACAGCUCUCCACUCCCACCCAGGCCUCAGGCUAUCAUGGCAAAGAAGAAACAAUAAUAAAAUGACUUUAUUUUCUUGUA